CCGCAAGAUCCUCUCCUCUCAUCAAUAUGGCAGAGUUUGGAGACGGUGAGUUCCUGAUGGAUUUACCUGAAGGAACUCAAGAACUUGUCGCCACCAACAAACGGGCAAUCAAGAGAGCGCUGGAAGCGAAGCUUGACGCGAAUAAAGAUGGAUCCGAAUAUACCGUCUUUUCAUAUGUUGGGUCGCACGUUGCUGAGCAACUAAGCAAGGAUGGAGGCUUGCGUCGCGAGAUCGGCAUGAGGAUCUUCUAUGACGCUACUUGUCGCAAGUUGAUUGUCAAGAUACCCACAGGGGCUCACGAAGGGGCUACUGGGACCCUCUCAUUCCUCAUCCUGGAGGAGGCUUCAAGGCAGGGACUGAGGGGCAAGCUGAGAACUGCUGGGGCCCAAACAUUUGUGGAUGACCCAUAUCGCAAAGAGCCCGAUGCGUCAUUUAUCCCGGAGGUACCUAUUCCAGGGCGGGACAAAAAGUGGCCUUCUAUUGUUAUCGAAACCGGUGUUUCGGAGAGUGUGCCAAGGCUCCGUAUUGAUGCUUCCUGGUGGCUUGCCAGAUCGAGGGGCUUGGUGAAACUUGUGAUCUUGAUUUCAAUCAGUCGGGUUGAGGCCAAAAUUGCGCUGGAGUGCUGGAACUUUGGGGCUGUCCAGCACUCCCAUAAUCUUCGGAGUUUAUCCCAGUUCCCCCUGCGUCCAACCAAGACCCAGACAAUUACGAUAUCUCGCUCUGGGGGUAGUACAACUGUUACCGGAGCGCCAUUGGUCAUCCAAUUUCAAGACGCGUUUAUCAACCCCCCUUCUGGCCCUCUUCAAGGUGAUUUCAUUUUCGGGGCCGCGCUUUUGGAAGAGAUUGCUCGCUCAGUUUGGCAGGCCCAGGGUAUCAUCUAAGAUGGAUCGCAACACGAAAUUGGUCCUUAUCAUUCUGCUAUGUUCCCC